CAUGUACCAGUGCCACUGCUACUCUGACGGACCCUUCACCACCCUCCUCUGCAACAGAGCCCGUGGGCCCCACAGAAGCUCCGACCUGCAUUGACGACAAUGGAGGCGUGCAGAAAGAUCUGGAAUUGCCCAGAGCAGAGUUUUUGCAGGCGUGGCCCUUGGUUCGGUGAUUAGACUGUGUCAGUCUGACGGGUCCCACUGCUGAUGGAUGGUGCCCAAGAAAUCUCACUGGAUAAUUAUAAGGAUUCAAUUGGUAUCUUGUGUAUAGUUGGUUAAGAAAUGUUUAUUGCAAUGAUCCAGUUUGACCGAACAUGCACGAGGAUUGGAUGGAUGGGAUCUUCCAAUAUACUAGAUUUUUGGGACAUGGUCCAAUAAUGGUGGGGCCCAUCCAGUCAGUGGUCUGGAUCGCUGAACCAUGGCCACACUUGUUCCAACAGAGGCAAUAAUUUUGCUAGAUCACAAGACUGCAAUGUCCGGCAGUAACAUUUAUUAAAUACUACCCACCCUACAAACUGUUCGAUUGGUGAACCAGUGAUUAAUUCAGAGCUGUUAAUCAUUAGGCCACCUCUGUCGACCCAAACACUCAGCUGAUUGGAACUUCGUAACUAUACCAGCCAUAUAACAUUUUUGGAGAGCCUAUAAAAAUUCCAAUGCAUGGAAAGGUUAAAAGUAGGGUUCCAGUCCUUGCCCGAGUGGUAGACUCCAAGGAGUUUCAACACGAGGUCUUGGGUUCGAAACCCAUAGGUGGUGAAAUCCCACUAUGGCGCGCUUGGGUGUGUGUGUUAAAAAAAAGAAAGAAAGAAAAAAAAAGGGUUAAAAGUAUAAGACAACCAAUCACCGCCAUUGUAUACAAUUGAUCCAUUCUUGCGGUGCCCUAUCAACUGUUCCGUCCUUCAUUGUCCUUUUACAACAUUGUUGGGCGGCGUUUGAAUGAACACAUGAAUUGAAUUGUGAAUGUUCAUCUUAAUCAAAAGAAGAUGACAAAAAACAACAAUGUUUGCUAGUAUUCAGAAUGUGGAAGUAGGCCUCAACUUGCAUGUACAUUCCUUUCAACCCAACUCGGAACCGAUGUAAUCUAUAUUUGGAGCCCAGACCCUCAACAUAAAUGCUAUUGAUGGAAAUCACAAUUCCGUUAUUUCCACUUGUUACACUAGCAUUUGUAGUUCAAUUCGAUAGUGCAUCUAAACACACUCUUAUAGUAAUGCAAAUGCGUGAAACAAAUACAAGAAACAAGAAUUAAGGAACUUAAAGUAUUUGCAAUGGGAAAUGAGCUUUUGGGUAACUAUGGCAGCAUCAUUUACUAAAUGACCAUAACUUGACCUAUGGUCUAACUGAAGUUAUGGUUCUUGAUAGAGGGAAAUGGUGGGACGUGAUUCAUGUUGCCUACCCAAUUAAUUGGGAUAAGGCUUAGAUGAUGGUGAUGUAACUAUGCCAGCAUCAUUUAGUAAAUGGCUCUUAAAAAGCCUUUGAAUCCAUCCACAAUAUUCAUAAUUUCAACACCCUGUUUGCAUAUAGCUCGCCUCUUUUAUAGCAAAGAUCCUGUUUGCUUUUAGGCAGGUCCCGUGUAUUGUGGGUCUGAAUCUCUUGAUGGCGUUCUUCCUCAACCCAUCAUCACUACUGAUGCAGUGACAGUAGGUGCACUUGAACUCAAAGACAAUGCGGUGCUCAAAUACGACAAGCUCAUAACAUCACCCACCAUUUCCCCUGAAGCUUUCGACUCCAUUUCUCCUCCACAGAAUAAUCUAUUCCAUGAUUCUAAUACUACCACUACAGUGCUUCCUUCUGUUGAUUCCUCGGUUAUUGGGACUUCUACCCAUGAACCAAUGAACCCUGAAAUUCUCACUACCCAAGAUUUAGAAAACUGCCCAGAGGCCCCACAUUCAGUAGUUCUGUUUUCCGAAGGUGAAGGAAAUUCACAAAGGAGACUUGGAUGUUCAGAAGCAGAGGAAGCAGCAGCUUUUUCUGGUUUGGAGUCUCUUGAUGAUCUUCUUUUUCAGCCCACCACUGCUACUGUUCAGGGAGUGAGUAAAUUUCGACCUAAGCCUAUUGCCCGUCGAAAAAAUGAGAACACCAUCACACUUCCUUCUUCACUUCCUGAAGCUGUGGAAUUGGUUUCUCCUCGUGUCAGUUCUCAAAUCCCUUCUCAAAUUGAAGGAUUGGAGGAGGUUCCCCCCAGUGUUUCUGUAGAGAUCUCAUCCAUUAGUCCUUGCAGUUAUGCACUAACAGAUCCUUCGCCCCACCUUCUUGCAACCCAAGCGGCUGUCGAUCCAACAGAGGCUCCACGUGCAGAAGAAAUCUCCAGUGCAAAUGGAAUUCUGCGGUCGGUUCAUGAAAGCUUAGGGAUGGAGGUUGCACCAGCCUUUCCUGAUUUGGAGUCUCUUGAUGAGAUUAUUUUUCAGCCUGCCGCCACUGUUGGCCAACCUGUGGGUAAAUUCCGACCCAAGCCCAUUGACCGACCUAAAAGCAAGAAAGACAUUGCUCUUCCCAAAGUUGCGGAGCCUGUUUCUUCACAAAUCGAGGAAUUGGAGGGAUCAACUCUUUCUACUGUUCUGGACAGUGCUUCUGUUGAGCUUUCAAUCAGCAUGCCUUGCAUUUCUGCACAAACAGACCCUUCUGCCCAGCUUGUUAUGAUUCAAGAGGCAGACCCAGCAGGCACCCCAUAUUCUGAAGAUGUAGCGUUUGGUGCAGAUGGAGACUUGGAGACAGAUCUUGGAAGCUUGGCAAGAGAGGAAGCAUCGGCCUUUUCUGGCAUGGAGUCUAUGGAUGAUAUUCUAUUUCAGCCUGCCACCACUAAUGUCCGAGGAGUGGGUAAAUUCCGACCCAAGUCCAAAGGUCGAACAACAACGGGAAAACCUGUCCAACCUUUCAUUCCUCCUGAUGACACAGAACCAAUCUCUUCUCCACUGAAAGCUCAGUUCAUUCCUGAAACUGAAUGCCUAGAGGAGGUUUCCGCUGAUGCUUUUGUUGAUCCUGCAACUUCUACACUAGCAUAUCCUUCUGCCCAAUUUGGGAGCCAAGAGGCAGAAAACCAUGUUGAGGUUCCUAAUUUGGAAGCCGAAAUCGCUGGAGCGGACACUGAUUUACAAAAUGUUCCUGGAACAUCAGGAAGAGAGAGUGCCAACAGUAGGAAAAUGAAAAAUCCAACUGUUUUGAAAGUGUCUGUGGGAAAGACUCGCUCGCGGAAGGUUAAAGGAAAUUCUCAAGGUGACCAGGAUGAAACGCCUGUUUCAUCAGCUGUUGAACAGUAUGAAGCUGGUAAUUCAUCGAGGCAACUGAGAAAGAGGACGGCUAUUCAGAGUACCAUUGACGACAUUGAAGAUGAGAACUAUGAGCCCCCUAACAGUUCUGCAAUGGAUGAAUGCAAUGACAGUGAUGAUGAUUACAGGGCGGAAGAUAGACCCAAGAAGAAGGGGGCACCUAGAGCAACCAAGGGGUCUGCGGCUGAAACCGACAAACCAGUUCGGAGACGUAGAAAGGCAUCUGAAGAACCUGAUCCAGUAAACAAGGAUCCCCCAAAAAAGAAGUUCUCUCAUUCCACUCGAAGAAAUAGGAGGAAAUUGAGCAAGGCUUUGCUUGAAACCCCGGAAGAAGAUAUCGAUCCUAAAAAGCUGAUUAUGAAGGAUCUAAUCAUGCUUGCAGAGCAUAAUGAGCGUAAAUUUAGUAAAGAAGCCGCAGCAGCAAGGUCUUUUCCCACUAGAAGUGGUGUUAACUCCUUUUCCAAUGAUAGCCCGUAUGACGACGACGAUCCCUUAGCUUCAACGCAAGGUGUAGAGUCUGAUGAUGAUCACGCAAAUCAUAGAGCAGAGCCUAGUUCUAAACUGAAUUACCACUCCUUCAUGAAUAGGACACCAACAGAAAGGUGGUCAAAAUCAGAUACAGAAAUGUUCUACGAGGCUAUUCGACAGUUUGGGACGGAUUUUGCAAUGAUACAACAGCUAUUCCCUGGCCGAACACGCCAUCAAGUGAAAUUGAAAUAUAAGGCAGAAGAACGCAAACAUCCUCUGCAGCUUUCCGAUGCUUUAAUUCAUCGGUCCAAAGAUCUCUCUCAUUUUGAACUGGUAAUUGAACGGCUACAAGCUCAGGCAGAGCAGAACUCUAACAGAGAUAUGGAAUCACUUGAUGCAACUGGUGGAAAUGAGGAAGAUGCAGUUGAAUCUGAGCUGAAAGGGGAAGAAGUGAGAAAAGAUUCCGAACAUGAAUUUCAGAGUCCUGUGAAGUCUCAUGAAAGUCAAGAUGUCUUUGAAUGGAGUCAGUAUGGAAGUGCCAAUGCUUUUUCACCUCAAGAUAUGGAAAAAGGUGACUAUAAUGCUUUUUCACCCCAGGAUAUGGAAAAAGGCGACUAUAAUGCUUUUUCACCUCAAGAUAUGGAAAAAGGCGAAUUCUGAAAAGGUAAAAAGAGAACACUACGCAAGCUGAUUACUACUAUUCCUGUUUUUUGUUUUUGGGUGAGCAAUUGAGGAUAUCGGAAGCCUUGCAUGGCUAUUGACUGAAUUGAGUCAACAGCCAUAUUCCAGGACAAUAUCUGCUAGAUUAGCAACUAACAAGUUAACUAAUGAGCUAUUUUAGUGUGGCCCAGCAACAAUUUGAUUUAUUCUUAGGUGGGGAUUGAAGGUCAGGAAGUGGAAGGGAAUCAAAUACGGUAUACUGAGUAUUCUACAUUUGAGUUGUAAAAUCCUUCAUUUUUUUCCCCUUCCUUUCUUUUUCUUCUUCAUUGUUGUUGUUGUUUAAAUUAAGGAAAUUCAUAUGGUAGCGAAUUUGUACAAGUGAGGCCUAUGUUUUGUUUAUCCAAAUGUUGAUAUGAUGGACCCCACUUAGUGUAUUGGGGGAUGUUCUAAAAUUAUCCUGCACUGGAAGAUCCUAGCUAUCUAAUGUUGGUACUUUUUCCUGUUAAAUUUUGUACUUUAGUGUAUUUUUUAACUGUUGAUUUUCA